UACACUUUUUAUUAUUAAAAAAUCGUUUUAGAUUAAAUUAUAACGCUUGUAAACUCGUUUAUUUUUACCUCAAAAAUUAGUAAUAAGAUCUGCCCAUACCUACAAUAUGAGUACAUCGAGGAGAUAUAGGUGCGAUGACGAAACCGGAGAAAUUAUUACCUAUGAAGUUAACGAUGAAACUGGAGAACCGCGGCUUAUGAACAGUCAAUCUGUGAUGGAAAAAACCCAUAGCCCUAACAGCACCCUAUUUCCGAUUGGUCCUUUUAAUCGUUCCAAACAAUUUCAAGAAUUAAAGGCUAACAUCUUGGCAGGAUCCAAUACUACAAGCCCUAGACUGCUGUUGAUAAUAACAACUCUUGUGUUCUCAAAACUAUGCUGCGUUCUCCUGUUUAUGCUUGAAGUUUAUUUACAUUUGAGGUGUCACGAAAAAAAUAAGCUGUUAAAAGAUCCAAACUUGUAUUACCGAAGUCCCUUUCAUGUACUCACUUGUGUUUUCUGUGGUGCAUGUCGCGAACAAAAUGUGGCCACUAAAGUAUCACAAAUGCAAGACAAACGCCACUGGCGAUAUGAUUAUUUAAGAGGUCUGGCUAUUUAAGAUUUAAAAAAAAAACAUUAUUUAGUCAAGAAGGUUUAUCACACUAUAAAUUCAAUUACUAUUAAUUUCUACUUUAAGUUUUGAAAAAAAUUUAAAGGCAGAGUGUAGCAGCUUCACACCCCUAAAAUUUGGAAUUAUUUCCUCUUGACUAAGUAUACUUUUUUCAACUAAGUUGGUGAAUGGUUUUUGGAACUUUAGCUUUAAUGGUUUCGGGUAUUUUAAAAUUAAGUUAAUGCUGUUAACAAAAAAAAUAAUAAUGAUCUGCUGUAAAUAAUGGGCAAAGAAAAUUAUUUUGUCUGAAACAAUCAUCAACUUAACAUUGUUUAUUUGCUUGGCUCAAAUAAAACUUCUUAAUUAUUUCUCCGCCAAGAUGCUUGCCUGUGUCUCAUAAAACAUCUGAACACUCCAUGGAGUGUUCAGAUGUUUUAUACUGCAGUUAUUUACUUAGGAAGUAAGCUUAAAAUUGCCUGUUUUGGAUAAUAUUAUUGAUUUUAUGCUGUGCAUAAUUUUUGUAAUGUAAUUACAAUUAU